AUGUCCAGUCCUUCUAAACCUACUUUUGACAAAUCUAGAUCGGAACUCUUUGUCCGGUCGCUGCCUCAGGAUGCUACUUCUGAGAAAUUGUCUGAUUUCUUCUCCAAUAUUGCCCCAGUGAAACAUGCUGUCGUGGUCACCGAUAGUACUUCAGGGUUGUCAAAAGGAUUCGGUUUUGUUAGUUUUGCUGAUCCAGACGAUGCCCAGACAGCUUUAGAACAGGGAAGAAAAAGUAAAUUUGAUGGAAAGUCUAUUAGUAUUGAAUUUGCUAAACCUCGUGCAAGAGGAACUGAUGGUCCUAAGGAAACCAACACAGUCGUGCAAAAGGUUGAGAAAAGACGACCACGUCUUAUCGUCAGAAACUUACCGUGGUCCGUGAGAGAUACAAAAAUUUUGGUAAAAACUUUUAGUAAAUAUGGAAAGGUUGUUGAUGCUUUUAUUCCUCGCCAAGCUGGAGGUAAAAUGUCUGGAUUCGCUUUUGUAACUAUGAGAAAGAAGUCUCAUGCACUAAAAGCUAUAGAGGAUUCAAAAGAUCUCAAAAUUGAUAACAGGCCAGUAGCUGUAGAUUUUGCUGUUGAAAAAGAGAAGUGGGUGUCUGGACAAGGCGAGGAAGUAAACGAUGACAGUGAGAGCGAAAGCGACGAAGAGGAAGAGGAGGAAGAGGAGGAAGUAUCCGAUAACGAUCAACACAAUAAUGAGGCCAAUAACGCCGAAGAUAAUAGUGAAGAUGAUGAUGACGAUGAUAGUGAAGAUGAUGAAAAUAAUGAAGAUAACGACGAUGCUGAAGGUGAGGUUACCACAAAAUUUAAGCAAAGGCCGGCUCCGAAUUCUUUUACAGUUUUCGUGAGAAAUAUCCCAUAUGGAGCAACAGCCGAGAGCCUUAAAGAGCAUUUUGAGCAGUUUGGGCCGAUAAGAUACGCUUUGCCUGUUAUGGACAAGGUUCUCAAUCAACCCAAAGGAACUGCAUUCGUUGCGUUUAGAGAUGAAGAUGAUUGCAAUAAUUGCGUGAAGUCGGCACCUCUAGGUGGCUCCGGUUCCCUUUUAGUCGCGGAUGAUGCUGAUCCCAGAUAUGUAUUUGAGGGCCGAAUUCUUUCAAUCACAAAGGCUGUAGAACGUGAAACUGCCGAUAAAUUGGCAACGGCUAGUGCUAACGAGCGGAAAAAGCUAUUGGGUAAAGAGCCUCCUAAUAAAGACAGACGUAAUCUUUUCCUAUUGAAUGAAGGCCGAAUAACUCCGGAAUCAAAAUUGGGCCAAACUAUGCCCCCCAGUGAAUUAGAAAUCAGACAAAAAUCAUUUGAUUUGCGUAAGCAACAGCUAACGAAGAAUGCGAGUUUGCAUCUAAGUUUGACUCGUUUGGCGAUUAGGAAUCUUCCAAGGGCUAUGAACGAGAGGGCUCUUAAAGCUUUGUCUAGAAAGGCUGUAGUCGAAUUUGCUACUGAAGUAAGGAAAGGUCUGAGACAACCAUUGACUCAGGAGGAAAUUAAAAGAUCGACCAAAUUCCAGGAACUUUUUGGACGAAAUGGUAGCAAACAUGGUCUUGUUAGGCAAGCUAAGAUUAUUACUGAGCACAAAGAGUCAGGAGGUCUAGGAAGAAGCAGAGGAUAUGGAUUUGUUGAGUUCAGAGAUCAUAGAUCUGCUCUAAUGGGGUUGAGAUGGAUGAAUGCCCAUCUCGUAUCUAAGGAUGAAAUUCUCGAGGGCUUUAUUAAAGGUGAAGAUGGAGGCAUCGAAGAAAAAGUUGAUUUCUCGGAAAGUACAAGACGUCGAUUGGUUGUUGAAUUCGCAAUUGAAAACGCUCAAGUUGUUCGAAGGAGACGUGAGACCCAAGAGCGAGUGAGGGUCGCCCAAGAAAAAAGGGCGAAAUCAAGUUCUGGUGAUCAAUCUGAAUCUACUGUUGCUGAGCCAGAAAAGAAACUGGGGAAGCGAACUAGAGAUGAAGCUGACCCGGCUUCUGAGAACAAGAAUGUUCAACAUCUUAUUGGCAAGAAGAGAAAGAUGAAGAAAAUGGGCAAAAAUUAG